ACUACAGUCUUAUCUUGGGGCGGUGGGGCAGCUAUAAGAAGGGAGGCCAUGGGGACAUCAGUCUCUUCUCUUGCUCACCAACUGACAACAGGAUGAAACUCUUCGUGUUGGCUGCUCUGCUCACAGUGGGCGCUGCCCAGAGCGGCAUCAGCCCGCGGGCGUUAUGGCAGUUCCGCGGCAUGAUCAAGUGCGCGAUGCCCAGCAGUAAACCCUUGAUGGAUUUCAACAACUACGGCUGCUAUUGUGGCCUGGGUGGAUCAGGGACCCCUGUGGAUGAACUGGACACGUGCUGCCAGACACACGACAACUGCUACCUAGAAGCCAAGAAACUAGACAGCUGUACAUUCCUCCUGGACAAUCCCUACACCGAAAGCUACUCAUACUCGUGUUCUAACACUGAGAUCACCUGCAACAGCAAAAACGACGCCUGUGAGGCCUUCAUCUGCAACUGUGACCGCACUGCUGCCAUCUGCUUCUCAAAGGUCCCGUACAACAAGCAGCACAAGGACCUGGACACCGAGAAGUACUGUUAGGACUGAGUAUCGUCCCAGGAAAUUGUGAUUCCCUACCUGCCCCAUGGCUUUCACCUUACACCAUGCCCUCCAAUAAAGUAUCUUGUUGAAAGGC